AACUUUGCCUUCUCCACUCCAAUACCCUAUGGCCACCCCGUUGUUGUUCACGGGUCAGGCAGUCACCACCGGUCCACCAUCAUCGUUCACCGUUCGGGUAGUCACCAUCGGUCCACCCAUCAAUCUCUUUCAAGGUUUUAUUCAGCGCAGCCGGCUAAAGAAAACGAAGGUUUCUCUUUUGACGACGUCGGCCAUUCAUAUCAACCCAAGUACAGGAGAACAUAUUCCAGCGAGAAUCUACUUGAGGCAGUUAGUGGAAGGCUUAUCACUAGUAGUCAAUUUGUUAAUCACCCUUUUCAAAGAAGUUUUAGUCAAUCUAGUUGUUAUCAGAAAUUCGCACCUGCUGAAAUUCAUUCUAUCGUUCGGUCCAGUAGUCUUCAGAAUCGGUUCAAAAAUUGGCAAGAACUGAGAAAGCAUAAAUUGACAGCUAGCACAUUUGCUGGGGCUAUCGGCUUCUGGCCUUUGCGAAGGACCCAGCUCUGGCUAGAGAAACUUGGGGCGAUUGAGCCUUUUUAUGGUAACUUAGCUACAUGUUGGGGCAAUAUCAAAGAAGAGGAAGCAUUUGAAAGAUAUAAACAGAUUACUGGGAAUACAAUUGAGUUUCCUGAAUUUCAAGUUUAUGGUAAGAUGAAUCCUGAAGACAAUUGGUUAGCAGCUUCACCUGAUGGCUUGGUGAACAGGUUUGUUUAUGGGUUGCCUCCUGGGGGAGUAUCGGAGAUAAAAUGUCCAUAUAUUGAUGGGAAAAUGAGCGAGGCUUUCCCUUGGAAGCGCAUCCCCCUCUAUUGCAUUCCACAAGCUCAGGGUUUAAUGGAAAUCAUGGACCGGGAAUGGAUGGAUUUCUAUGUUUGGACUCCUAACGGAAGCAGUCUGUUUAGGAUUUACCGAGAUGUAAAAUACUGGAAUGUUCUGAAAUCGGCAGUCUCUGACUUUUGGUGGAAGCGUGUUCAACCAGCUAAAGAAAUAUGCAGUAAAAAUGUGAUAACAGAUCCCCUCAGAGAAUUAAAAUCACUAAGGCCAGACUCUAGGCAUGAAUCAUGUGGCGAUAUAGUUCGUCAAAGCAAACUUGUAGCUGAUACCUCCAAUUUAUUGAUUUGUGAAAUAAAUGGACAACUGAUAACCUGAUUUGAUGACUGAGAUAUUGAAUUUUAAACCAAGUCUAAUUCAUUAAUACCAAUGCUUACUUGAGGUUUUAACAA